AUGGCCGACGACGCGUCCGCCGCCGCGGCCGAGAACAUCGCCGUGUGCAUCCGCGUGCGGCCCCUGAACGAGCGGGAGAAGCGCUCGAGCGACGCGCCCGCGCUGUGUUGCGUGCCUUCACUCCACGUCGUGUCGCUCACGGAUCCAGAGACGGGCGCGCCGCUCUCGGGCAAGGGCAACGUGUUCCAGUACGACGAGAUCUUUGACCCAAGCAGCGACACGCACGCCAUGUACGAGCGCGUGGGGCGUCGCAUCGUGCACUCGACGCUGCGAGGCAUCAACGGGACGAUCUUUGCCUACGGCCAGACGAGCUCGGGCAAGACGUACACGAUGCAAGGGGACGGCGGGAUGCCGUUCGAUCCCGAGGCCGAGACGAGUCGGUCCGGGCUCUUGCAGCUCGCUGUCGACGAUAUUUUCCAGUUUAUUGAAGCGUGCGACGACCGCGACUUUCUGCUCCGCGUCUCGUUUGUCGAGAUUUACAACGAAGUGGUGAAAGAUCUGCUGACGUUGACGGAAAAGGGCGCGAACUUGAAGCUCCGGGAAGACCCGAAGAAAGGCGUCUACGUCGAGUGUCAAGAGAAGAUCAUUACGAAUUACGAAGACAUUGUGACGUUGUUGCAGACGGGCAAUCGGAACCGGACCGUGGGCCACACUGCCAUGAACGACAAGAGCUCGCGCUCGCAUAGCGUCUUUCGCAUCGUGAUCGAGAGCAAACAAAAGGACGUGUCGAGACGACUGUCCGAGGAAGACGUGGACGGAGCAGUGCUGGUCGCGAGCUUGAAUCUAGUGGAUCUAGCGGGCUCGGAAAGUCUCCGACAUACGGGAGCAGAAGGCAUUCGACAACGAGAAGCCGGGAAUAUUAAUAAGUCGCUGCUGACGCUUGCACGGGUUAUUAAUGCGCUGGCUAGCUCAGGUGGCGGUGGACAGAACGCGCCGUUUCGAGACAGUAAGCUCACGCGGCUCCUACAGAACUCGCUUGGCGGUAACACACGUACGCUCAUCAUCUGCUGCGUGACCCCAAGCGACAGGUACAUUGAAGAAACUAAGAGCACGCUGCAGUUUGCAGCCCGUGCAAAGGAUAUACAGACGACUGCGACCGUAAAUGAGGUGCUCGAUGACCAGACGCAGCUUCGCCGCCUUAAGCGCGAGGUGCACGAGCUUCGAACGCUCGUAAACUCGGAAGCUCUGACUGCACUGAAGGCAGAAAACGAAGCACUGAUCAGCGAGAAGAAUUGCAACAAGACAGAGAUGGCGCGACUCAUGGGGCUCAUCCUAUCCAGUACUUCUGUGGCGAAAGCUAAUGCUGUGAGCAAAGAGCGCAAGCGACGAGGUAAGCGAUCAAGAGAGACAUGGGGACCGGGCGAUUUUCCUGCGGAUAUCAAGGCGCUGCGUGCACUGUCUCCGCACCCAUAUCCCCGCAAGCGGCACUCGCUAGCAAAAGAGAACGUGGACCCAAAGACACUUUUUUGCGUCCACGGGGACGACGAUGGUAUUUUAGCAACGAAGAAAAACUCUAAGCUCCCAUUGGCAAUGCGGCAAUUGAAACAAGGAUGGACUGAACUGGACAAUGACAGGAAAAGCGUCUUCGAUCUGUUUGCAGCAGUCUACUCGAGCUACAAUGAUGGAAAAAGCGACGACCCAAUUGCUGCAGGGGAAGCAAAUGUGGAUGUAAGACGUGUAUCGCUUGAUGAUUCUCAGCGGGCUCGUGCGUUUGAUGUGCUAGCGAGGAUGGUGGACGACGUGCAGUCGAAGGGUGCUGUUGAGGGAAAGCUAUUGAUGAGACAGGAUGUGGCAAAUCGAUGCCUGGAUUCAGACAAUCACUGCUCAAAAAGCUCUUUGAAGGUCAACGCACUUGUCGAAGAAAUGAAGGCUAAGUUAGAGGUGACUCAGGAGUCAUUGGCUAACGAAAAGAAGCGCUGCCACGAUUUGGAGACGGAAAAAGCCAGCUCCCAACAAAUGGCCGAAGAAGAGUUGAGCGCACUCCGUCACCAGUUGGAGACUUUGAAGCUCAAGUCCAGUGAAUUGCAACAUCAACUCGGACGCGAGAAGAAUCAGCUGGUAGCCACGAUUUCGUCGCUUGGUCAUGAUAACAGCAUGAGUCCGCGCAGUAGUGGGGAUGCGCAAGAGAACGUGUUGGAUGAUGCGGAGGCGUCGCGGACUUUUCUUCAGUUGGCCGCUGUAGAUGGUGGCAGUGAUAUUGAUUAUUGCAAGUUACAUGAGCAUGAAGCCGAUCCGACUGAGGUAGCUACACAAGUCGAGUCAAUAGCAGAGGAGGAAGAGCUUGUGCUGCAAGAAAACGUUUGUGGGCUGGACAAUGGAGAGCAAACGACUGUAUUACAGACUCAGUCGCCAUCGGAAAGCGAGACGAUAUCACGUCAGGACGCUGUUGCCACAGACCGAUUCGAAACGUCGGCUGUGGAAAAGCUUGCUGGAGAGUUGCAGAGUAUCAUGCAGGAACUUGCGCAACUACAGUCGGACCACGAACAAACGGCUUUUGAGAAAGAAGAGCUACAAGCGGAGACGGAAAGGAUGAGCGAGGAAAUCGAGGCUGCGCAACGUCAUGUUUGUGAGAUGAGUGAGGCGUUGAUGGAGAAGGAUCACACCGCGAAGGUCUUGCAGGCACAGCUAGACGCAAAGCUCAUGACGAUUUCACAGAUGCAGACAAAGUACAGCGAUGAAGUCGGAAUAUUGCAACAAAGUAUCCAGGAUCUUAUGACUGAAAACGAUCAGCUUCUCACGAAAACACGAGAGUCGCACGCCAAACGAAACGUGGCUUCAGAUGACACUUACCCGGAAAAGCCAGCUGCCAGUUGUAGCGACAGCAUCUGCACACAUUCUUGUGCAAAGGACGAGGCUCUCCACCUGCCUUCGGAAGUGGGGCGGUUGACUGAACAACCUGUUACUGAUAAGUCAGAGCUGUUCGAUACAAAGCAAUGCUUACAGGCAACUCUUCAGACGGAUGAUGCUGCUUCAUGCCAUCCGAAGCAAGAGAACGAUCCUGAUUCGACCGUAUUGGCGAAUGAACAUGAGCAGAUCGUGGACGUGCCUCUUCGUGAUAUCGGCUCACUGGACCAAUCUGAUCUGCGUUACAACAAACUCAGGGAAGAUUUUGUACGGGUCACUGGUGUGCUAGAUAAUGUAUCGCGUGAGCGUGACGACUGUGUGGAAGAGCUUCGAGCGUUGGAGUCCCAGCUCAUGGAGGUAUCUGAAGAGAAAAUGAGAUUUGCAGUCGCCGCCAAUGAACAAGAAAUCGAUCUUCGAAAGGUACAGCAAGACGUUUUGUCAUCCACAACGACGAUCGCAACGCUUCGAGCGCAGCUGGACGACGCUGAAUCCGCAAAAGCGACGUUGGAAGCUAGAAAGACUGAGCUUGAGCAAAGUAUCGAGAAACUACAGGCCUCCUGGAAGAUGUUGCAAGCAGACUAUGCCGCGGUGGUGGAGCAGAUGCAAGAGCGUGAAACAGCUGUGUCCACACCUGAAAAUGACGGUAGUACCGCCGAGGCAGAAAAUCUACAGCAGCGUCUCGAAAUUGAGUCCAAAGAGCGUAAGAAGCUUCAACUUGAUGUCACAUCCUACGAAGAGACUUUAUCCGUACUGCGCGAGGAGGCAAAGAAUAGUUCUGACACAAUUGCUGACCUGUUGGAGAAGAUGGGGUCGCUGGAAACGGACCUCGUUGCAGCUGCUCGUUUCCAAGAGAAGAAGGAUAAGGAACUAGCAAGUUUGACAAACGCUCUAUCGAGGUCGAAGGAAGAGCUGGAUGAAAUGCGGCUCCAGAGUAAGCAGCGUCUUGUUGUCGCGGAAGGAAAAGAAAUGUCACUCGAGGAAAAGAUUGUUGAGCUUGAGCAACGGAUAAGUGUACCAUCGGGUGAUACAGGUAUGGAAAAUAAGCUGGCGCAGGACAGUGUAAGGGAGGAAAUUGAUGAGGCGAGAGAAAAACAGACUGAGCUUCAGUCCAAGAUCACAGCACUGGAGAACGAGUUAGCGAAGGCACAACAAGAGUUGCUUGAGCAAGACUCAGCGUGGAACAAGAAAGAAGAAUUGGCAAAGAAGGAAUUUGCUCGCUUGACGAUGGAGCAGACGCAACUGCGCGAUGAUUUACUUGCUCUCCAACGUGGCGCGGAAGCCGCUCAGGAGACGCAUUCCGAUGAACUACUGAAGGUAGAAGAUUCGUGCACGGAGAUUAUGGAGCAAAAGGACGCGAUGCAACGAGAACUUGAAGCAGCAAAUACCAUGUGGGAAGAAAAGGAACAAGAUCUAAUGCAUCAGAUGGACAGCCUUCGUGAGCAGUUUGAAGCAGUACAGGUAGAACUUGACGAGUAUCGGAAAAAUGCGGAUGACGAAAUACACCGACUCCUCUCCGUCGUUGAGAGAAGCGAUGCUGCGAUCGAGGAGCUCAAGCAUACUUAUGACGCAAGGGAGAAGGAGUAUGAAAAAAGGAUUAGUGAGCAAGAGGACCAGAUAAAGAGCCACCAAGAAACGUUGCAAGUAGAAUACAGCGGGCUUGAGGCUGCAUAUCGGCAGCUGAAGGAAGAAAACGCCAUGCGUGAGGAUCAGCGCAGAAGCAUGGAAGAGCAGCUUCAGAACGAAAUCGACGAGCUGCAACAGAGUUGUGCCACUGCACAGACACAGCAAGCCAAAUACCAAGCUAAGUUGAAGGAGAUGGAAACUCAGCUGGAGAUGACCGAGAAUGAAGUGACGAAGAAACGUGGCGAGAUGAAGCGCCUCGCGAAUACGCUGAAGGCGGCAGAGGUGGAGGCUGUCGACAACCACAAGAAGCUCGUGGAAGCCCAGGUUGCAAAGGAAAGUAUGGAGAAGCUUGUCGACAAACAGAAGGCACGUAUCGAUAAGUUGGACAGAGUCAAAAUGACGACGGAGACGCUGGAGCUGUUCCGCAAGUUGAAAAAAGACCGAUUUGACUUGCAGGUCAAGGUGCAAAGCCUGCAAAUGCACUUGGCUCAAGCAGAGCAAGCUCCAGCACCAAGCCGGGAAGACUCUACGGAAAAGAGGUUGAUUGACCACAAGACUGACGAACUGAAACAGUUGAAGGAGCAAGUCGAGGAGCUUCAUGAAGCCGUACGCGUCGAAAAACUCAAAGCGCUACAUGAAAAGGCGAAAAUGCGUGCGGCAUUGAACGAUGAACGCGAGAAAGCUGAGCACGAGAUCCAGGAAAUGCAAGCCCUGGUGAAGGAAAAGAUGGAGCUCGUGGAAACACUGGAGUCGCAAGUGGCGUCAGUCGAGGAUGCGAUGGCAAAGCUCCGCAAGCAGAAGAGCGAAAAUGCGUCGAACCUUGAGACCGAAAACCUCAAUCUUCACGUGAAAACUCGGGAGCUGAAGAAGCAGAUGGAAUUGACAUUGUCAGGACCUGAGAAGGACGAAGUGAUGCGAGGUACGCGCACCUAUGAUACACCAGCCGCCGCAGCUGCAAAGGCACUCAGCAGAGACAUCAUCUCCACGAGAAAAGAUUCCGAGGUGAGUGUGGACACAAAUGACGCCAAUCUGGACGACUGCAACACUGCGUCACAACCGGAGAGAACUCGUUCAAAUGCGACGAAAGCAGGCGGCUUCUUAUUACCGACGCAAACGGAUGCAAUAGCCACUAACAGCCAGGACGAGUCGAAAGGAGGAGAGCACCCUGAGUGCGCACAGCAGUAG